ACCUCCUCUCAUUCCCUUCAACACUCACGUCCAAACCACCGCUCCUGUCAGCUCACAUUAACUUCUAUCUUAAAUCACAAGCUGUCUCUCACACACCGUCGAACUACAGACAGUAUUUAAAGAAAAAAAGGAGAGAAAACGUCUACCUCUCGGGAACACGUAUGAGAAUUGUGUGAAGUAGUAAACAGAUGGUUGAGAAACACGAGGAGACUGUGGCAAGCAUCACUUUCCUACUUGCUGGGAUAAAACCUGAAGUUUGCAGGUGAUCCUGUCCACAGCCUCCAGUCACAAGGUACAGUCACCAUCUCUCUCACAGUGUUCCUUCAUGCCUACACGUGUGAGCCUCCAGUCACAAGGUACAGUCACCAUCUCUCUCACAGUGUUCCUUCAUGCCUACACGUGUGAGCCUCCAGUCACAAGGUCGCAGCAGCAGCGGUGGACAUCGACGACAUGAAGACACUGACUGCUGUGGCUGCUGUGCUGACCGUGGCGUCAGCACGCGCGGGCUACCAUCACGCAGAUCAAAGAUCCGUUGGCAGUGGCGGAUGGUGCUCCACCCCGGGGGACUCCUGUGUGCCGCUGACCAGCUGUCCGGCCCUGCUCGCCCUCACUAAGGUUGCCACCAAGAAAGAUCUUCAAACGCUUCGGUUGGCUCAAUGCAGCAGUUACUCGUCUCAUGUCAUGGUGUGUUGCAACCCUUCAGCGCCUCCUGCUACUACUACCACACCUCCAACCACCACCACGAAACGCCCUAUGCAGCCCACUAAGCCCGCCCCAGUCCCGGGACCCGGAGGAGGAGAGGCCCUUCUGCCAGCAACCUGCGGCCAACCUAUCGCCACAGAGGGAGUUCGAAUCUACUUCGGGGAAAACGCUCACCUAGGCGCCUUCCCUUGGAUGGCCUUGCUUGGAUACCGAUCUAGUACUGGGGACCUAGGCUGGUUGUGUGGAGGAGUCCUCAUCACUAGCCAAUACGUCCUAACGGCCGGACACUGUGUUAGUCCGCAGUUCACCUCCAACAGGACUUUGGUGACCAUCCGCAUUGGCGAACAUGACCUGACCAAGGAGCCGGACUGUGAGGUCAGGUGUGCCCCGCCCACGCAGAACCUGGCGCCAGGCGCCAUCAUCGUCCACCCGACCUUCAACAAGCGGGGCGCCGUCAGCGAUGACAUUGCUCUCAUCAAACUGGAGAGACAUGUUCAGUUUACAGACUAUGUUCAACCUAUCUGCCUGCCUGCCGCUGGCCAAGCCCCGCCCUCGCAGGCUGUUGUGGCUGGCUGGGGAGAGACCCAGAACGGAAGCCAAUCAGACGUGCUGCAGAGGGUGGUGCUGCCGCUAGCCAGCGUGGAGGUGUGUAACCCACACUAUAAGAACGCGCUCCUCGCCGAACAGAUAUGUUUUGGAGGAGCCAGUAUGAUGGAUUCUUGCUUCGGGGAUUCCGGAGGUCCACUCUUCAGCACCUCAACCAAACCCAACCUUCUGGUUGGCAUAGUGUCCUACGGCAGCCCAACGUGUGGUGUGGUGGGGGUCCCAGGCGUCUAUACCAAGGUCUCCGCCUACAGGAGCUGGAUUAUCAGCAACCUAACACCAUAACUGGCCACCAUAGCGAACACCACGGUACAUGACAUCAUAUCUGGCCACCAUACUGAGCAUCACGGUACAUGACAUUAUAUCUGGCCACCAUACUGAGCAUCACGGUACAUGACAUUAUAUCUGGCCACCAUACUGAGCAUCACGGUACAUGACAUUAUAUCUGGCCACCAUACUGAGCAUCACGGUACAUGACAUUAUAUCUGGCCACCAUACUGAGCAUCACGGUACAUGACAUUAUAUCUGGCCACCAUACUGAGCAUCACGGUACAUGACAUUAUAUCUGGCCACCAUACUGAGCAUCACGGUACAUGACAUUAUAUCUGGCCACCAUACUGAGCAUCACGGUACAUGACAUUAUAUCUGGCCACCAUACUGAGCAUCACGGUAUAUGACAUCACAGUAAACCAGGCCUGAACAGAGCGACUACAAGACGUGUACAAACUGAGAGCAGUUCUUAAGAGCAAGAGCAGGUCAUCUUAGGGAUGCUGAGGUACGGGUGUUGCAGGGCUCUCAACCCUAACACACACACACACACACACACACACACACACACACACACACACACACACACACACACACACACACACACACACACACACACACACACACACACACACACACACACAAGGUAAUAUUAACCUGUAUGUUGAGUGUCAACACGGGACCAUUAAUUAUCAUUACAAUAAAAAUUAUCAUCGCCAA